UUUACCCACUUGCAGAGCAGCAUCUUACAGCAUCCCUGCAAAAGCCAACAGAGGAAGAGAGGAAAACAAAUGUCAAGACAUUUUUUUUUAUCCUUCGCUGUGCUAUUUAUAUAAUGUAGUUGUUAUAUAACAGAGAAUGAGCAUGUAUGUCGUAGAUAUACCCUGGGCAGUGCAGUAGAUGAUGCUUAUUCACACACACAUAUGAGGGUAUCCUUGCACGCUUGCACACACUUGCUCACACCCUGCUUGCAUUGCUCAGCGAUGCCAUUGCUUUGUAGUGGGGAUGCAAUCCUGGAGAGACUAUUUUUGCAAGCCUUGUAGUGCUUCUGUCACCUCUCCUCAGGAGGACAUGGAAUACAGGAUGGGAAGCUGCAUCGGAGUCGCACGCAGCCAGGCUGCAGUACACACUGACAAGGCGAGCACACUGAAGGAGAAGUCUGCCACUGCAGAGAACGGAUCUGUCCACACUGAUUCAGUCAAAGCUGAGCCACAGGUGUCUGCUGACGAGGAAGAAAAGCUGAGAAGACCGGAAGAGGAGGAUAAAGAGGAGCUAGAGUUUCCUCAUGACCUGCUGCCCAAUAUAGACCUCGACCUCAGCACUGAGCUCAAUCUCACCUGGGGAACCUCGCUUGGUUGUGAGCAGGGGAGCUUGGCUGAAAUGAAGAAUGAGGCUGUGGCACUGGGUGGCACUGCCAACCCUCUGCUGGCAGGCCUAGAGCACUACAUGGAGGCCAGUCCACCAGUAGUGGGCCUCAUGAAGAGCUGUGAUGGUGACCAAUUGUCUGCUGAGACAGCAUCACUGGCCCAAGCCCACUUGUCUAGUGAAUCUCAGCAACAUGUUCCAUCCCUCAGUCCUUUGGCUGCCCAGAUGGAUUAUGAACUCCAAGAAGCUUUAAGGGAAUGUGAAGAUGAAAUGGCUGCUCUUGGCAUAUCUUCUGAUGCAGACACAUGGACUGCAGGUGAUCUGGAUAGGCCUUUUUCUGUAAAUGAUGAGAAAAAUCAAACUGAGAAAGCUGAAGUCAAAAAGGAUUUUGGUUCAUCUUCACAUAAACCUGCCGAAUUUCAUGAAGGUUGCCAUGGAAAUGAUGGAGCGCACACAAAUGACUCAACAGCGGGUGAAGAGGGGGUGUUUAGCUUCAGAGAUUAUGUUCUAGGAAGAAAGCAAAAUAAUACUUGUACAGCUGAAGCUGAGGUGGUCAAAAGCAUUGAGGAUAUAACAGAAAACCACAUUGAAGAAGCAACCCAGUUGUCAGAGGCAGAACAGCAAACAAAUUCAGAGAUAGAGACAAAAAUAGACACAGCUGAGAACAUAGCUGGUCAACAAAACACGCAUACCAUAUGGACAGGUACACAAACAACAUCAGAGAUUGAUGCGGAAAAGGAAACACUUACCCAGGAUCAAUCAAUACAAGAUAUCUGCUUACUUAAAAACACCCUGGAGGGUCAGAGUUCACAAGAUGACAGAAUAAACGUUAUAGCACAGACAACUCCGAGAGAAACAGGAAUAAUUCAAGAAACAAUUCCCGUAAAUGAAGAAGUCAGAAGUUCUGAAAAAGCUACACAGAUGAUUCAGAGCUCAGAUGAAAUAAAAAUAGAUACACAUAGUCAGUUAAUUAGUGAUUUACUGGCAUGCCCAUCCACAUAUACGGAUAAACAUUCUAGUCACUCGUUGCAUUUAGAAGCUAAAAUAAGCAUACAUCCAAACAUACAGAAACAGGUGGAGUCAGGGACACAUCAGCGGAUAAAUGGACAGAUAGAAACAAACACAAAAGUAGGAUCAAGCCUUGACCAUCAGAGACAGGAAUUAGGUCUCCCAGAACAGCUGAGUUCUACGGGUAAACAAUUGAUCUGCUCCCCACCUCCAGAACCCAAAGCUCAUCUUUCCCUGGCCGAGGCUCCACCUGCCCUGUUACUGGACUCUCCACAGGGGCCUGAGCAAAAUGAUAACCAGGAUCAGACAGAUGGAGCCUGCAAAUCAAUAUCAGAAGGUGAAACCAUAUACCACAAUCACUGUACAACAGGGGAAGUCAAACAUGAGAAAAAUGUGUCUGCUGUUGUGAUUGAUUUAUGCCAAGCUACAACAGCCCCUGAACAUGGGCCCAUAGGGAGAUGUGACUUAGAGACAUAUAGACUGGAGAAGGAGAAUGGACCUCCUUUAGGCGGUGGAGCUGGCGCACACGUACCACUGAAGGAGAAUUUACAUGCUUUGAGCCGAGCCGGAGCAGAAGAGAGUGCCCUUGAACAGGCUUCAGCGGAGUCCACUGCCUCCACAUUGCUACAAACAACACCCACGAUGCCAGAAAUGAUAGAAAGCGAGGGAGAGAAAAAGAGAGGUGGUGCGUUUCAAAGUGCCGCAAUAAUAUUACAAGCAGCAGAGAGAGAAUCGGCAGUGCUGGAAGCGGAUGAGUCUCCCAGCUCGGAGGAAACAUUAAGUGAAUUUAUAGCUGAAAAGGGACAAGAAUGCACCUCAGUAAUUUUUCCAGACAUUAAGUGCUCACCUGUUCAGAAAGAGGAGGCAACUGAGGAGAGCUGUAGCAACUCGACGGAGUGUGAGGGGAAGGGAGGGGGUCUGCUGAUCGCACUCUCCUCAGCCGGAGACAAGGAUACAGGCACGGUCGGCACAGAGGACAAAGCUCUGGUCACCUAUUCCUCUCCAUGUGUCCUUGGAACAUGUGACUGGAAGGGGGAGAGCUCCCGAUCAAAGGAGAGAAAAGAAGAGAGCAAAGAGGAGGGGAAAAAGGCAAGCGAAGGCGGAGCACUGAACACAGCACAUGCCGGUAGGGUGUUACAGACAGAGGCAGCGACCGAGACGUGUCCAUCCCAUCGCAUCACAGCAUCACCAACGGCAACACAAGAUCAGAGUGACCUCAUCCAUCCUGUCACAGCAGGCACAGCCCUGUUUCCUCUGACCAUCAACCGAAUAAACGACUGCGACUCCAUCAGCCCACCCCCUCCUCUUUCCCACAUAAACUCUACAAAGACAGAAUCGCAGAGAGAGGAAGAGGCUAAUCUGAAUCCGAGCCCAAUUGCAUCAGGAGCAGACCUGCCAGGCAGUGAUAGAUCACUUCCUCCAGCAGUUUCUUUGGAAAACGAAUGUCUCUCUGCGGAAGCCAACGAUCAACAGGUACAGAGCACUUCAGAGACUAGAACUGCAAGCUGUGACGCAUCCGUCAAAACAGAGACACAGCAACAAAAAGAAGAAAUAACUCCUACAAGUGAAGACACAUCUCAAUCUACUAAGCUACAAGUAAACAUGAGGGAUAUCGCUGCAAAUUGUACCAAAGUGGAAGGGUCUCCAACAGGUAUGCAGAGCUCUUUUGAGAACCAAAAGGAUACAGCACUGAAAUGCCAAAUGACUGAAUGUGCCUCUUUGCCCCCAUUAAUGGUAUUUGAAAGUUUACAUCACCCAGUAAAAGAGGCUAGCUUCAACUUUAAAGGUUUUCUCAGCAUCAGCAAACCAGCACUUCCUCUUCAGACAGAACCGACCACUGGCCGGAGAAAUACUGACCUGCAUGGAGCAGAACGGGAACAUACUGCCUCUGAAGAAGAAGAAGGUAAAGAUGAAAAAAAUGGAAAGCAGAGAGAAAAAGUGGAAAUGACAUUUAAAGAAUCAGAGGACCUCAGAGACAUGACCAGUACAUCUCAAACGCAGGGUGAUCCUACUGUAAAACUUGGAGAUAAUGUUAAUGUAAAUAUGAGUAGCUGUGAAGGCGAUGGAAAAGUGACAGAUGAAACUCCUGAUGUCAGCAAGGGAAAUCCCGUUUCAUCACUGUCAGCUGCAGGUGAGACCACCUGUGUUAAUGAAUCUGAGGAUGUGGUUAAUGAAACUCUGGAAGCAACUGAAGUAAGUAAAGAGAAGCAAGAAAAUAAAGAAUGUCUGAAUGUUUCACAGACCACUUCAAAUAAUACAGAUGAGUCAGCAUCUACUGAGAAGAACAGUGUUUUACUACCGGAUGUUUCUCCACAAGAGGGUCGUAACAGUAGCCCUGCUGUUAAUGGUGAGCGGGCUGAUAUGACUGUGUCUGAAGGAGUUGAACAAAGACAUACAGAAAUUCUGCUUUCAACCAAGGAAAAGCUGGAUGAAGAGACUGAUGAAUCAAAGGGAUAUGGGUUGCCUGAAACAGAUGGUAUAGAACUAACAUGUCCAGGUAAUUCAGAGAAUCUUGUGAAUGAUAGUCGAGAGCACGAAUCAAAGUCAGAAAAAUACACAUGUGAAGUUGAGUCAAAGGUAAAAACUAGCUCCAUGUCUCCAGCAGCUGCCAAAGACAUAGACAGCAUGUGCCCUUGCACUCAACCAGACAAGAACUCCAACACCGAGCAGCCUACUACAAUCUCAGAGAUGCAAUUUCUGUCAAAAGCAGAUAAGUGUGACGACAUGCUGCCCUAUCAGACUGAAUCACAGUUCAGUAAUGAAAUAAGGAUAAAUGAUGACACAACGGUCCCUUCUCUUCCUGCAGCGGAGACUACAGUACCAGCACAAAGGGAUCUUUCCUCAACUACCACACAAAGCACUAACAGUGAUGCCAGGGAUGUGUCUGUCAUUGUACUAAAGCCUCCAGGCCCAAUGCUGAGUCACUGUGAGUCUGUUAAUGACUGUGAUAUUGCUGUAGCAGGACCCGGGGAGGAUUGCAGUGUGACCUGUGUGUGUGAUUCUGACACAGAGAUUUUAAAGAAUAUUACAGACAAAUCUAAUCAUCAACUGGAUGUUAAUGAAGACAGGUUAAGAUCUCAAAAUGCAGAUGAUUUGCUUUACUCUGCUGGUGUCUCCACACAAGAAAUUGCAGCAUCAUCUGGGAACCAUUUGCUUACAACUGACAGACCAGAACAUGCAGGCGAUUCACCGCUGGUGUUAAAGAACUCCGAUAUUGUUGGAAAUGCAAAGAUGAAACAAAAUGACGGAUCUAAGGGUGUUGGAGAAUUGGAGGUUGUUAGAAAAGAGAAGAGUGAAGGACAUUUAAAUUCUGUAUAUAAAAAUGAUUUAUGCAAUGCACCGACAAAUGCUACUACAGAAAAUGAGGUUAUUAAUAACAAUACUGAAGAAUGCAUGCACAUGAAAAAGGGAGAGGACGACAAGAAGUGUGUAAAGGAAACCGGAGAAAAAAUCAAUGCAGAAAAUGAAACUAGGUCCUCUCAGGAAGAAGGGAUUGAGCAAAAAAAUGAAAAGCAGGGUGAAAGGAAGGAACAAGAAGUUAUCCCUUUUAAGGAGCAGAAGCAUAAUAAUGAUGAGACCAAUUCGUCUGAAACAUCCUGUGCUAAUGAAACACUUAAUUCUCAACCUGCUUUGACAAUGCAACGAAGUCCUAAUGAUGAAAUCAAAUGUGAUUCACUCCUGAUGCACUUGGAGGACAAUCUCACCACACUUCUGACUGAGGAACCUGUUCAACAUGUGUCUGAAAAUGUAAAAAAUAUUAAAAGUGUAUCCAAAAGCUUCAGUCAGGUGAUGGGAGGAGAGCAAAAGAGGGAGAUUUUUCAAGAAAAUGAGGUACAAAAUGUAAAACCCAUUGCAGAAAAGGACAGCAACAAAAGUGCAAAUACCUCUCAAGAACAGAAUGAGACUGCUGCAAAAGAAAAACCUGAUCAAACACAAACAGAAAAUCAGGAAUUAAUAAAUCUCUCCAAUCUAACAGGAGAAAAAAAACUAUUAGAUGAAACCACUCCAAGAGGAAAAUUGCGGUCUAGCCCUAUGCCUGAUGCUGGUUUAACCUCUGAAGGCAUUAUAGAAAAGGCUCUGAGUAGUAGAGGGGCACUAACUGAAAAAUCUCCUCCAGUCAUUGAUCACACCCUGUCAGCAGUGGUGAAUACUUCUCCUGAGAGAGACCACACACAAGAUCCAAAGGGUUCGUGCCAGUCAGAUUUGGCAUUUACACAAUCUGGAGAGCUCCAGCUGCAACAGGGCUUUAUGAGUGCCCCUGAAGCAAUGUUAAAUGUGAGUAAAAGCAAUAUUUUAGAAAAUGCUGAGACCAAUAAUCAUGCAAGUGCUGAGGCAAGUAAAAAGCCAGAGAAGGUGAUGAUGUAUCAUAGUGCAGAGGCUCCAAGAUCCCUAAACAACACAUCAGAGAGUGCCACACUGGUGGGUGGCUAUAACAAAGAUGUUGCUGUGUUCAAUAUAUGUCCAGAGAAUGAAAAGAAGGCAAUACAAACAAUAGAUCUUAAUGGUGGGAGAUUUUCUGUUUGUGGGGAAAGUACUUCAAGUGAAAUCCAAACUCAGUCAGCUCCCAACUUGUCUGUAACAGCAUCGUCAGCUUCUGAAACAUUAGAAGUCAAACGGGUUAUAGAGGCUAUAGAGGCAAAAGAGCCUGCCAUCUCAGCAUCACAGGAAAGUGUGAGUAAACAUGCAGACUGUACCAAAUCACAGGUCAGCGCGGAUGCACAUGGGAAUGUGUGGAACGAAAUCCCUGACAAGAAAGGCUCAGAAUUUCCGUUAAAUCACUCAAGUGGGUUCUCUAUGAUUCCCACCCUCUCACACCAUGAAACAGGACUUAAAACAGAAGAUAAAUGUUUAGACUCCAUUACCCCUGGAGACAGUGGAAACACUGAGAUCAGUUCUGAUUCGAUGAGUGAUGUUGCGCAGAUGUCUAUAGCAGGAACUUCCCAAAUUCAGCAAGAGAAAGAAUUUGUUUUUCAGUCCUCUGAUUGCCAGCUCUCCACCACCACAUCCUCUGUUUCUGUGCUCCGAAAAUGUAUUAAAGAGGAAAAAGAGAUAAUUGAGGAUCAGGCCACUAAAGAUGGCCCAGAACCUAACACUCCUAAUUCCACUCCCCAAUCUGAGACAGCCGCCAGGAGGAUGGAGCAGCUUAAUAAGCAUUUGUCAGAGCAAUUUCCAGAUGGUACCCUAAAGACAGAGGAGCAGAAUACACAGUGUUCUGAACAGCAGUUACAACAUGUAAGAACUUGUUUGGACGCUGAAAUCACAAUCAGUUCUACGAAAGAAGAAAACACCAUUUCAAAUGAUGUGCAACAGCGAGAAGGAAUUCAAGAAGCGAUAAGUAGACAGAUGGCGGAUGAAGAAAAGAACAAGGCCAUUGAAAAUGGGGCUGAACCUAAGUCUUCACAGUCUAUAAUUGAAGAAAGCAUCUUCAAAGAAAACCAAAGCAAGUUGGAGGAGCAGUCUUUAUUUUCCCCUGUUGAAGCAAUAGUUGAUAAUGUAGACAAGCAAAUUGAAGAGGUUUCUAAUGAAUCACUGACAGAAAUGAUAGAGGCUGUGUCAUUGUUGUACCCUGAGACCUCUAUCUGUUUGGUGACUGACCCCCAGGAUUCCCUUCAGUCCCCUUCUGCAGUCAAUCAACAGUGUAGUCAGCCACCCACUAAGUCUUUUAUCCAAAACUUAUGUGAAAACGCCACAAAGAAAGUUGAAACUAGCAGUGAGCAAAGUUCUGACAUAGCAGAUAACUCUCCAGAAGACAUAGAAUCCCUUCUAAUCAAAAGAGCAAUAAAGAAUGAUGACAGGGAAGCUAUUAAAGAUGAAGUCAGCAAGGUGUCAACGGCUGCAGAUGUGUUGCUAGGUUCAGGCACAGGAACAGAGCAGAUAUCACAGGUUAUCGACAGUUCAGACAGUCAAAUCCUAAGUGCAGUCUUUGCACCUGAGAGGUCAGAUGCAGUCAAGUCCUCUGAAGGUUCUGACUGGCUCAGAGCUCUGAAGGAGGCAGCCUCCGUGUCUCAGAUCAUUCCAGAGCACAGAGAUGAGUCUACCUGUGGAUCUACAGAAAACAGGCCAUUUGAGACCCUCCGUUCGCCUCAGACUGAUCUAGAAUUCCAAACCCCAACUGAAGAAUAUUUUCCCCCUGCUCCUGAAGAGAGUUUUCCUCCAGCACCUGAGGAGAUUUUGUCUCCUGCUUCUGAGGAGAUUUUGUCUCCUGCUUCUGAGGAGAGUUUCCCACCUGCACCCGAGGAGAGUUUUCCUCCUGCUUUUGAGGAGAGUUUCCCGCCUGCACCAGAGGAGAGUUUUGCCCCUUUUAAUAAGCAGCCAGAAGAGCCACCAGACUGCAGGUCUCCUCUGGUAGAGGCUGCUGAGAGCAGUGUGUCUGUCCCAUCUCCCUUAUUACCCCUACCACAGCACGACACUGCUCCUGCCCUCCCUGCCCUCCUGCUCCAGGACACGGUCGAGUUCCCUACACCGCCCCCUACCCCUCCGGACAGGGCUCCCCCUGAGCCUCAGACCCUUCCUCCUGCUCCUUCUGGUCUAGCCGAGGCUCCCCCUGCUGCCCCUGUGCCUCCUCAAAUCCAACCCUCUGAGCCUUCAGCAAGGAGUUCAGACUCAGAUGGAGCUUUCGAAACCCCUGAGUCCACCACCCCUGUGAAGUCUGCUUCCUCACCAGUGCCCCCGACAGAGCCCCCCUACACCAACUCAGAGGCAUUGUCCCAAGAACACACAGCUUCCACUGCUGACAUCUCUGCCAGCGAAGCUCAAGACCCAAAUCAGCUUAAAUCUCCCAGUCGCUCUCAAUCUAUAGUCUUUGAUGAGGACAAACCAAUAGCUGCUAGUGGCACCUACAACCUAGAUUACUUAAUUGCUAAUGAUCCCUUACCAGAAUCAAAUUUUGGGUCUGGACCAUCAAGUCGAGCGCCUCUUACCCGCUCUCUAAGCCUACAGUCAGGUGAGUUAGAGAGCCCAGGAGACAAAUUCUCAGGAGGAACCUCCGACAAACCCAUUCACCCACGAGCAGAGUCCUUCAGCAUAGGAACAGAAAGUGCUCCAGGAACUCUUCGUAAAGUGAAGAAGCCCCGUCCAGGUUCCCUGAAGAAGAAACCUCUUUCCCGGCAGAACUCAAAUCCAGAGCAUACCUCUCCCAAAACAGUCUCCUCUAGCAGCACGCCAGAGGAGAAAAAGAGAGGGAAACCACAGCCUGAAAGCCCCUUGCAAACCCUAGAGAGGGCUAGCUCUUCUCCCAGCCCUAGUCCUAGUCCUGCUGGAACCCUACGGAGGAAUAGGAUAAAGUCUCGAGUUGAAAGUCCUCCACCUUUGGCUGAGGAGGUCACUGCCAGCUCAAUAUCAAGUCAGCUCCAACCGGUGCUUCCUGAUCCAGUACCUGAGGCUCCAGCUGUUCCCGACGAGGAGUCUCCUAUCCCUCCCAGUGCCUCCUACAAAUGGGAUCCGGACAACUUUGAGAAUAUUGACCCAUUCUGUACAGGAGGUAGUAAAGUUGCCAACUCGCCGGUCUUAGGCAGGAAAGCCGACUUUACAUCGGUCUCAGACACUCCUGUUGUUGUAGAGGAGCCUCGUGCCUCUUCCACUGCUAAAGAGCAACCCAUCAGCACUGAGGAACAGCCAAACACCAAACGCCAACCAGUCAGACUGGAGUUUGACUAUUCAGAGGACAGCGAAGAGGCACCACGCAGUACUCCUCCUCCUAAAAACCUAGGCAAGAAACCAGGGGCCAAGAUGCCCAUCCGAAAGCCCAGACUGGGGAUUAAGAAGCCCCCUCCAUCCCAGACAGAGCAGCUAGACAAUGCACCUGUCCCUGCACUUUCAAAUGACAUUGAUGACAUCCCGAUCCCCAAGGGGUCAUAUAACUUUGAUCCCAAUAAGUGGGAUGACCCUAACUUUAAUCCAUUUUCUACAAACACUGGUAUCCCCAACUCUCCUGGCCUGUCUAGAAGAUCUUACGACUUUGAUGCAGACUCCUUUGAUGGCUCAAUCGAUACCUUUAAAUCUCCCAGCAAGAUGGGAAACUCACCUCCGAAAACUUUUGACAAAUCCAACGACAACGAGAAUGACAACGAUAACAUUGCUGAGUUGGAGGAUCACAACCAGAACAAACCUGCCAAAAACAAGAAGAAGCCUCUCAAAUCUAACACUUUUAGAGUGAAGAAAUCACCAAAGAGGACUCAGGUUACUGAGCCAUCUGCUCAAUGUUGUCCUGUGUGUUCUCCACUCUCGCCCUCCACUUCACCCACACAUAAUCACCUGCAGGAGCACUCACCUGAUGCCAAUCCCGAGCCCUCACAAGAUCACGCCACAGAUGAGGAGAAACUGGCUUCCUCCACCAGUCACAAAUGGACUAGACAUGACAUAGAGGUGGAGCUGAACUCUGACCCCCAAGACUUCCCGCAGCCAGCCGACUUUACAGCUUUUGUCAGUGAGAACAGUCUACCAGCACAGAGUGACGUUACAGACUAUGAGAUUGAAUACAUGGAAAAGAUUGGCUCCUCCGCAUCUGCUCUCUCAGUUAAGAAACCAUCACUUUAUCUAAAGCUGGACUCUGUGACCGAGAGUCCAACAAAGACUUCCAAAAUGCAAGAUUCAGAGCCCAACUCUCCCUGUACUGGGAGCUUUGAGGAGAUGGAGGCUCAGAUCUCGCAGGGGAAAUCACCUGUGCUGCCACCACGUGGUGCUCAUGAGUCCUUGGCCUCAGAAAAAAGCAGAAAGAGAGAAAGCCAGUCUCAGAGUCGAACACAGAGCAAUGAGAGAGAUGGAGCGUCCCCCAUCCAGGGCCCCAUGGAUCCCUCAGAUCUACCCCUCUUAGACAGACUGUCUGAUUCACCUACCCCUCUCAGCUACCUGGAGCCUGAUCUGGCUGAGACCAACCCCACUGCCUUCGCCCAAAAACUGCAGGAGGAGCUGGUGCUCGCAGCCCUGAGGAUAGAGGCUCUGCAGGUAGCCAAAAACAUCACUCAGAGCCCCACUUUGUCCACUGUGUCCCCUCAGUCUCGCCUCAAGAAGCCCAGCCCACGCCGCUGGAAUCUCAACAGUUCUCGCAUGGCUAAAAAAACUGCAGGAAAAUCCACACAGACAGAUAGCAAACUCUGCCGCAGGACGUCCCGUAUUCCACAGCAGAGAGAAAUGGCCUCACCGGGGGACAGCGGGGUUCCGAAGAGCUCCCUGUAUUCACGAACAGGAUACAUUGAAGGGGAUAGCCCUCAUCUGCCACGUGAAAUGGACCACUCUCUUGGCAUUGCCCGAGAAGAGAUUGUUGUGAAAGAGAAAGAAGCCAUGGAGUGGAAGAGAAAAUACGAAGAGAGUAGACGGGAAGUGGAGGAGAUGAGGAGGAUAGUUAUGGAGUAUGAGAAGACUAUUGCAGAGAUGAUUGACAAAUCUAUUAUGCCUCUGGACUCAAACACUGAGGGUGAACAGAGAGAGAAGACUCUGUCUCAUCACACUAUCCAGCAGUUGAUCCUGGAGAAGGACCAGGCUUUGGCUGAUCUCAACUCCGUGGAGAAAUCUCUCGCUGACUUGUUCCGUCGCUAUGAAAAGAUGAAAGAUGUUUUGGAAGGCUUUCGGAAGAAUGAGGAUGUGCUGAAGAAGUGUGCGCAGGAGUAUCUGUCUCGUGUCCGUAAGGAGGAGCAGCGCUACCAGGCCUUGAAGAUCCACGCUGAGGAGAAAUUGGAUAAGGCGAAUGCUGAAAUCGCUCAGGUGAGAGUCAAAGCCAAGCAGGAGCAGGCAGCGUAUCAGGCCAGUCUGAGGAAAGAACAGAUGAAGGUGGACUCACUGGAGCGCACACUGGAACAAAAGAAUAAAGAGAUUGAAGAACUGACCAAAAUUUGUGAUGAACUGAUUGCCAAGAUGGGAAGGAGCUAGCCGUCUGUACCACAGAGAGACAAAAGAACAAUAACUGGACAAGAGUGUAAAGAUGAAGGAGCAAGGUUCAAUUGUUUUGGUGUUGUUUUUUCCUCUUACUAAUGGACAGAAUGAUGAACUAACCAAACAAAAAGAUCUCACACUACUGACGUCUUCACAUAAAACUGGAGUCACCAUGACUGGGAGAACGCUAGUCUAUGGCUGUAAUUAUUUUCUCUUCAUUUUAAUGUGUUAAUGUACACCACCUAACCUAUGUUGAGGGUCUUGUGAAAGUACUCCCCAUCAGUAGACUUUGUUUUAGUCUCUGUAUAGCUCUCUCUUUCUCUCUCUCUCUCUCUCUCUCACACACACACACACACACACACACACACAUGCAGAGAGUAUGUGUUUAUAGUGAGUCUGAGGUGAUGAGUGCUGUUGCCAUGACAACCACUGAUGGAGCCGACUGUUAAACUGAUUCCCGUGGUUCCCUCUUCUUAACAUGAAAACAAAAAUGACCAGAGAGAAUAUAUAUAUAUAAUAUAAAACAGAUGAAUUAAUCAUUCAGUUGUCACAAAGUGGUAUUCAUGAUUAUAAAAAAAUGCAUGUUGUAGGCCUUGACGGUUUUGUAAAUAUGAAAAUGACUUGAAAAAAGUAAAGGAACAUAACUGCAGAUUUUGAUACUGUUAGUUUAUCUGCUUCCUUGUGUAUGUUUGUAGAUACUUGUUGUUCAUUUGUUUCGUUGUCUUCUAGCAACACUGAUGUGUGGUUUUAUUUUUGGAUUUAUUUUGAUAUAUAAAUGAACCCACCUGUGACUGUCAGUGGUUCUGAGCUAAUUUAAUCUGAAUGGUUUUGUCUCAGUCCUGCUAGAGCUGAAGCUUCAGACAAAUGAAGCUCUUUCAGCUUUACAGGACAUGCUUAUGAAGUGCAAUAAAAGAUGGCAAUACA